AUGUCUUCCAACGCUGCAACCAACGCAACAACCACAGCUCCAACUCCAGCUCCAGCUCCGGUUCCCACAUCAAACGGCACAACAUCCUCCACCACCUCCACCACUCCACCCACCACAACCACAACCACAGCUGCUCCAUCCACCACAACCGCAACCUCUACCACAACCCCACCCGUCGCAACCCUCAAAUCUUCUACCCCCCCACCCCUCCUCAUCAAGAAACUCUCUCCUCGCGCUCGUCUCCCUACUCGCGGUAGCGCUUUCGCCGCCGGAUACGACAUCUAUGCUGCAAAAGAUACUGUUGUACCAGCCAAGGGAAAGGCAAUGGUAGAUACUGAUAUCAGUAUGGCUGUACCGGACGGAACCUAUGGCCGCAUCGCCCCACGUUCCGGUCUCGCGUCAAAACAUAUGAUUGAUACUGGUGCCGGUGUAAUCGACGCUGAUUACAGGGGUCAAGUAAAAGUACUCCUCUUUAACCACGGUGAAAAGGAUUAUGAGGUCAAGGAGGGCGAUCGUGUUGCACAGUUGAUUUUGGAGAGGAUUUAUACACCUGAGGUUACGGAAGUUUUGGUUUUGGAAGAGAGUGUGAGGGGUGAAGGGGGAUUUGGAAGCACUGGUUAG